UCCACGGAUGGUGAACGUAUGGUGGAUGUGUUUUUUUGCAGCCCGCCUACGUGUGUUGUGAAAACCGUGGGUAACGGGCUCUCUGUAUAUACAGCCACAGUGCAUAGCUAUUGCAACGGCCUUGUAUGUGGUGCAGUUGUACGCUGUACAUAAGGAGUAUACAAUUCACGCAGGAUUCAUCGCGACGACGUCUAAAAACUCAUCUGUUUUUCAGCGCUUUUGUGGAAUUCAGCUGCGGAGACCAUAGGAUUUAAGUCACACCACCACGGAGCUACCUUCGAGCACGAUGGGAGAGCGACCACCCCGCCCGAAAAUGGCCGAUGUAAACCCACUGAUUGUCUGCAUCCUAUGCGGUGGAUACUACGUAGACGCAACCACCAUUAUUGAAUGCAUGCACAGUUAUUGCAGAGCGUGCAUUGUAGCCUACUUGAGACAGAGCAAACAGUGUCCAACGUGUGAUGUCCUGGUACAUAAAUCCAGACCUAUGCAAAAAAUAAGGCCCGACAAAACACUACAGAAACUUGUCUAUAAGAUGGUUCCUGGACUUUACAAGGAUGAAAUCGGCCGAAGAAAGGAAUUUCACCGCACACAUAUUCAACAUUCUGAAAACGACGAGUCAACAAGUUCGAGCAAAACGGACGACCCAACCAAGAUUUGUGACGACUCUAUCAUCAUCUACACGUCCGAUGAGAUGAUCAGUCUCUCGCUCGAGUAUCACCAAAGCAGGGAAUCAACUACACGGGACAAAAGACAACUGAACGGGGACGGAAAUUCCCAUGAGAUGGGAACAGAUAUAAAUGGCAACGCGAUUUCCGGAGAAAAGGACAUAGAUGCCAGAUAUCUAAGAUGUCCAGCUGCUGUGCAAGUUGGCCAUUUGAAGAAGUUCAUAAGAAAUAAAUUUGGUUUACCACCAGGCUAUAAGAUUGAUAUUUUGCACAGAGAAGGCCGCGACCAAGUUCUUCGAGAUGAUUACACCUUAAUGGAUUUAGCCUAUAUUUACACGUGGAAAAGAAUGGGACCCCUGCCGCUUCUCUACCGCGUCUGUGAACCUUUUCCAUGUAAUAAAAGGACUUGUAUUGACGUCUCCAAGACGUCAUCAUCAGCUUCCAGUAAUGGCGAAUCAGCACCGAAGAUUGCCAAGGUUCAAGAACCGAUUAAAGUGACCAUCUCCCGGCCUCAAGCUGUGCUAGUGACGUGAUAAAAGACCGUACCAAACUCUCUUAGUGUGACAGAGUAAACAAAAAAAACACUCGUUUUGUCCGCCAUACCACUCUUGCAAAGAGCCAUCUUGCCAAGAUUUCUCCAAUUUCGAUCAAAAAGAGUGACACAGGUUUUCUGUUUCUGUUCCAAGCCAGUGGGAUUUUGAAGUAAAAUCUAGGGGUUUGUUUCAAGGGUCAUUAAAUUAUAAUCACGACCAGUUAUAAAGCAAAAAAAGAACAUAAACUACCACACCCUUUUCAUUUUACAUUGUGAGAAAUUGUUACACAUAAGUAUUUUUAAAUUUUGAUAAAAUUCCAGUGUGUAUUAAAAAGUAAGAUUGCCACGAAGAGUCAAAACGAAGUACAAAUUAAACGGUCUGUUACCAGUUUCGGUUUGGCAAUAGCCUCGAUUUAGUGACAGCCUCGUUUAAGAGUCGGAGCAAGAUGUAUACUUUUUUUUUUUUAUAUAUUAUAACCCUUUUGGGACCAUAUCCGACGAAGGAUGCUGUGUAGAAGCCUGUAUGUACAAAUGCUUUUCC